AUGGCUCCACUCCACCGCGACCUCCCGGCCUCUCCGAGCUCGUCUUCCCCUCAAUCCGCGUCUGUAGCUCCACCGCCGCCGGACGUGGUCCCCGCCAUCGAUUCUGACUGUGCCCAGCCGCACAUCCGCCGCGCCCUGUUCCCCUACUCCCCCCGCGCGCGCGCCCACAUCUGGGCACGCCCGCUGCUGCCCUGCGUCGUCCGCUCGGCUCGCGCCCACGCGCCUCCUGGCUCCCCUGCUCGCAACUGCGCGCCCACGCCGCUCCUUUGCCCGCGCCGCACGGCACCCCGGCUGUGCCCCGCAACGACCCGCACGCGCCCGCCUGCGGUUGUCUACGCGCACCUGUCGCCCCGCCUACGCAGCAACGCGCCUGCUACUGCCUCCGGCGACCCCCCCUGUCGCUGCCGCCUAGCGUCGCCGCGCCCGCCGCUGGCCGCCCGCGCCCGUGCCGCUCCUGCUUGCCCCUUCGCGCCCGACCGCACCCGUCUCCGGCCGCUGCUACACCGCGCCGGCCGCCGAGCGCCUCCCCCUGCCACCACCACCCGUGGAUGCGGCUGA